GUCACUCUCACAAAGUUAGUCGGCUUAGUCGGUUUCGUGAUGAGCACACACGCUAUACUUGCACAAAUGAAAGCAACUUAGGCCAAGCGUGCGCGAGUGAGUGAGUGUGGGCAAGAGAGAAAGCCGAUUUUGCAAAUACUCCUAGUAAGAGGUACUAAUCGAGUGCUACUAUCCAUCGAUCAGACGAGUUCCGGAGACCAGCGCGCGCGUUUCGUUCUAUCAGCAGUGAGUGAUUUCCCGGACCGGUCAAUGAUCGACUGCCAAAAGCUCAAGAUUCCUCAUUUAUAGUGGAAUGUGACUCAAGCAGGCUUACUUAUUCGCUAGGACGUAGAUAACCGAAAACAAACGAACGUGCGCGUAUGUAAAAGGUGACGGUGUCAAGUUUCGAAAAGUGACCAUUCCUCAAAAAUUGAUAAGAAAAAGUGCGAUUAGAUUGCAAAGUGUUCAUCCGCCUAGGUGUGUCAGUUGCAAUUUGGACUUAGACUACGGGAAGUUCAGUGUUUGAGGUGAUCGUUGGAAGGAAGCGGCCGACUCACUCUCAGUGAUGCGUAGUGGUGACAACAGUUAACGUCCAUAAUACGGGCGACUCCAAACACACAUGGUAAAAAUAGUCAACAAGUGUCAUCCCCAUAAGUGAGAAAAACGAAAAAACGCCCCAGCCCCCCUGCCCAUAGUAAAGAAUACAAGAGUGGGCAAUACUUGGUGCAGAUAGAUAAAUUACCGACCAAUUAUAGCAUGAAAAAAUGAAUAUCGUGAGACUGUGUGAAAGAGUGGAAAAACUGAAGAGUUGUGAUACAAAUCAUAUGAUAGCGAUAUUAGUACUAAUUAAUAGCUCUCUGGGUGAUCGUAAAUUUAGUGCUCAAAGUACGGCAGUGCCUGUCUUUUGUGUGAUCCCAUACAUUUUGACCGAUUGUUUCCACAUCGGUUCCUAAAUGGCGAAUAGCACCUAACAAACAACGGGCAGUGAUUCGCGGGUUGAUUAAUUGGAAUUCACCCGUGACAAGUGGUGCGAUUGUUUUCGUGGGCAGUGUCGAAUUAUCAUUAGACUAUCGGAAGCCGUCACCCGCAGUGUGACGACAGGUGGGGUAUAAGCCGCUGCAGUGCGGUAACUCGCUCCAACUACGACAGUGACCUAAUUAGUCCGGAACACGCUGGUUUUCGUUGGACAAGCCGAAAUACACCGAUUACUGACAAACGGAAGGCACCUUAUCACGUCAAGUUUAUUCCCAUUUCUUGUUUCAGAUGCGAACAGCGGUUUUCAUAUCCAGCGCGCAGGUUAGCCAAAGAUGACCGUUACCUUCCAAGAGUCACGUGAUAUUACCUGAUACAUUUAAAGCUACUGUGAUAGAUUUCGUUACCCUUUUCGCACUUAAAGUGUAUGUGAUCUACGGCAUUAGCCAUUAUGGAGCACCCACAGGAUCAACAGAACCAGCUCGAAACCCAUUCGCUCAAUCCGAUUCCAAAUCGACGUAUCAUUACGGAUCUGCACUUUAAUGCGAUCAACACCAACUACAAUAAAAGUCAUAAUAAAGCAACCAACAACAAUGUGGUGGUACAAAGCGAUGACUCGAAAAUUUUGCUACUACCAUCAAACCAUCGCAAGUUCAUCAUCGUUCCCGCGCAACCGAACAGUGCUUUCGGGAGUGGGAGUAACUCUACAGCAGCUGGAAUCACCUCUUCGAACGCGCUUAGUCAUUCUAAUAAUAACAAUAUUCCCGCCAGUCGCCCCACUAGUCCGAAUAACGCGAAUGUUCCUGUUCCUGGCCAGAUGGUAGCGAAAUUCGAAAUUGGGGAGAGCUCUUCUAGCGGGCCCAGUUCAGUGUUGAACCCAGCAUAUCCACAGGGUUCUAAGGCCAAACAAUUCCACGGUUUGAGAUCGGUACGUUCUGCUCAUGAUCGCCAAGCAAUAGCGGACGCACACACCAAUGCACCGUUCACACGAACUGGUUCAUACAUCUUCAGCGAAUCUGGAGGUACCCCGCGGUUGUUCUCCGACGCGACUUCGAUACGGUCGCUUGCCUCGAUCGGGGUUGGCUCUACGGAUGGCCGCCGGAUGGUUAUCCGGAGAGUGCCAAACUCACCCACCGAACUGCUAACCAUCAUCAAUCCGCCAACCCCCCCGGAAGAACCAUACGACAAUGAGAGCUACGCAGGCGUUUCGGAUGAUUCCGAGCUCGACAAUUUGAAACCGCGAAAGCAGCACUGGGCCAGCAAGAUGCAGUUCGUGUUGGCCUGUAUAGGAUACUCGGUAGGAUUAGGCAACGUGUGGCGGUUUCCGUAUUUGUGCUACAAAAGCGGAGGAGGCGUAUUUCUGGUGCCGUAUUAUAUAAUUCUACUAAUCUGUGGCAUUCCUAUGCUGUUCAUGGAGCUCGCCGUCGGACAGUACACCGGACGAGGGCCGAUCGGGGCACUGGGGCAGCUAUGCCCAUUGUUCAAAGGUACCGGCCUAGCGAGUGUGGUCGUUUCUUUUCUCAUGUCGACAUACUACAGCGUAAUCAUUGCGUACGCUAUCUAUUACUUCUUUACAUCCUUCCGGCCGGAUCUUCCCUGGACCGACUGUUCCCACCGGUGGAACACACCUGAUUGUUGGAUUCCGGAGCGAAUGAAGCACAACAUUACCCGGCCGGAAUUAUCCCGAACACCUACUGAGGAAUUCUUCGAAAACAAAGUUCUUCAAAUCAGUCACGGCAUCGAGUACCCCGGUGGGAUGCGAUGGGAACUGGUGGCAUGUCUGAUCUGUGCCUGGAUUCUGGUUUACUUCGCGAUAUGGAAAUCGAUCAAAUCGUCGGCUAAAGUUCGCUAUCUGACAGCAACUCUACCGUUCGUGCUGAUAAUAGUAUUUCUGGGUCGAGCAUUGACGCUGGAAGGAGCCGAUAAGGGGUUGCAAUAUUUCUUCCGCCCAAAUUGGCAGGAACUCGGUAGAGCUAAUGUGUGGAUAAACGCAGCGGCACAGAACUUCAACUCGAUUGGCAUCGCGUUUGGGUCGAUGAUUUCCUUCGCCAGUUACAAUAAAUAUAAUAAUAAUAUACUACACGAUACGCUGGCCGUGUCGUUUGUGAAUGGAAUCACUAGCCUGCUGGUAGGAAUAUUCGCAUUUGCAACAAUUGGGAAUAUAGCUAUGGAACAGAAUACAACCGUAGAGGAUGUAAUAAGCGGUGGGCCAGGAUUGAUAUUUGUGGUAUAUCCUCAAGCCCUGGCCAAAAUGCCGGCUGCUCAGUUGUGGGCAGUUCUCUUCUUCUUUAUGCUUCUCUGCUUAGGGCUUAACAGUCAGUUCGCCAUAGUGGAGGUAGUGGUGACUUCGAUUCAAGAUGGAUUUCCCCGGUGGAUAAAACGCAAACUUGUCUAUCACGAGCUGCUAGUGUUAAUCGUCUGCACUGUAUCCUUUUUUGCCGGUUUACCAAAUCUGAUACAAGGUGGAAUCUACUUCUUCCAGCUAAUUGACCAUUACGCUGCUUCAAUAUCGAUCAUGUUUCUGGCAUUUUUUGAAACUGUUGCCAUCGCUUGGUUCUACGGUAUUAAUCGGUUAUCGAAAAACGUGAAACAAAUGACCGGAAAAUAUCCUUCAUUCUACUUGAGGUUCUGUUUACUGAUAGCAGUACCUGCUCUGUUAAUCUCACUGUGGAUCUUCAGCUUGAUCAACUACGAAGCUCCAACAUACCACAAUGGACAGUACAUCUAUCCCGGUUGGGCACACGGUUUGGGAUGGGCCAUAACCUCAGCUUCACUUAUUUGCAUUCCAGCGUUUGCCAUAUACCAAAUCGCGCGGGCUGAUGGAGAUACUCUAGGACAGAGAAUCAUGAACACUCUAAAACCCAAUCUGUAUGAGUGUAAGAUCUGCGGUGAACAUCACUGCGACCACGAUUUUCCGGACGAUACGUACGGUCAAGAGAUGGCACUGGUUGACUCUACAUCCGGUGCACCUCUGAUUCUGCAAACACCACUCACAGGAAAUGGGGCGCCCACACAGACCAGGGACCAUAUUGGGAAUCAUAGCUCUAACCAAGAAGCCGGUGAUGAUGAUCACCAGCACGACUUGGCAAGAAGAUAAGGGGUGGCAUUCAUUGGUGAUUCCAGAGAAAACGAUUAGUUAACUAACGAACCUCCACACCCGAUCAUGCAGUUCAGAGUUAAUCAAUACUUGCGUCAAACGUCGUAUCGAAAGAGUAACAAGUAAAAGACAAUUGGAUAGCUUUAUUGCGUUACCAGAAGCGAACAAAUAUUAGUUCUCUAAGGUGUACUCUAUAUUAUGUAAUAUUCUAGUUGAAUUCGUUGUGAUGCAAAGUAGGAUCAACUGCUGUAAGUUUUAGUGACGUUAAUAGUUCACUAAAAUGGAAUCGAAUACAAGAAAAUCACAAUAAAAUCUUUUAAAAAUUAA